CCUAGCCAACAUGAAGACAAUAAUUUUAAGUGUGCUACUAUUAUUCUUAUGUAAUAGUGUUUGUGGUGUCUUGAUAAAAUUGUCUCAAUCUGAUACGAGAUAUUCCGCAGAUGGGCAGUACAACAAAACCUAUUACUUAUCUCCUGACAAAGCAAACUUCUUCUUAGCACAUUUAUCCUGUUUGUCUGCUGGAUUGGAAUUGGCUUCCGUAACUACUGUAGAAGAAUCGGCUUCAUUGAAUAAAUUAUUAUCAUCAGUCCUUGUAACACCGGGCUGGGAAAAUGGUUACUGGUUAUCUGGAAGCGCUAUAGCAUACAACGAAACUUUGGAAUACCAUUGGUUUUCUACCGGUGAAAAAAUAAUUUAUUUCAACUGGGGCCCAGGUGAGCCGAACAACGUAGAUGGCAACGAAAGCUGCAUAGAAAUUUUAUUGACCAGUGGUUAUGUACCAGGAUGGAACGAUCUCAGUUGUAUGGCCAAUCUUAGAUACAUAUGUCAAACCAGACACUCAUGUUAUGCAGACCUUUAACCAAUACCGUCACCAUAUAUUUUAUUAUGCAUAUUUUCAAACAUGUUGUUACGUCAAAGAUUAUAGUUAUCUUUAUUAAAUGUAUCU